CCUUCUUCUUCCUAGUUCCCCCCAACCCGCCGCCCCGCACACUUGACCUCUGCCCGCCCGCCGGCGCCACCCGCACCGCGUGCUCGCGCCGCCCUCGCCCGCCCUCUUGCCGGGGUUACGCCUGCGCAUCCGCGCGCCUGCCUAGAACCCCUGCAGGCUGAAGAUCCACCCGGCGCAAUUCCUCCGCCCCGUCGGCCAACGCCGCGAUUCCUGGAUGAAGCACAUAUACAAGAUCAUCGCGGUGCUGGCGGCGAUUACCGCCGUCUGGGUUGCGCUCCUUGAAACCUCGACGGUUCCUCGCAGCUAUGCUUGGUUGCUUCCGAUCUACUUGGUAGUGGCGCUCGGGUGCUACGGCCUUUUUAUGGUUGGAUAUGGGCUCAUGUUCUUCCCAACGUGUCCUCAAGAAGCCGUGCUAUUACAGCAGGAUAUAGCGGAGGCCAAGGAGUUCUUAGCUAAGAAGGGUGUUGAUGUGGGCUCUGAGUGAGGUGUCAAUUUCAAUGAUCUAUGUUUUAUGACCGCUUUGACGAUUCAUACGAAGCUGCUGCUUCCUUGGAACUGUAGUGUUUAGAUACUGCCAUUAACAUAGUUUCGGUGAAAGACGUGUCACAAUUCUACUUCUGUUAGUUUUGGCGAGUGACUUGUUAAUGGAAAGUGAACAAUGAAAUGAAUAGUUUGUUAACAAGUGCAUCAGUCUUCAGGGAUGCUUCCUUUGUAGCUCAAUGGAUUUCCCAUCACUGGAUGUGUAUCAAUUGUGCUGUGAAAUAUAUCAUUUUAUGGUGA